CACAGGUCGGUGAGAGUUCUCAAGUAAACCAGCGUCGACAUACGAAGAGUACAAUGGACGUCCAGGCUGCUGGUAGGUACAUUUAUGAAGAAAUUGAAGCCAUAAAAACUGAACUGGAAUCCAAAACUAUAUACAGACCCAAGGUUGGUAUUGUUCUAGCAGAUGGGUUUGAAAGUCUAACCAGCAUCAUACGAAACCAAGAAACAGUCUCUUACGCUGAUAUCCCUACGUUCCCAAUCAGUAAGAGUCAUGAAUCACAUUUGAUAUUUGGUGAUAUAGGUGGUAAAACCAUAGUAUGCAGCAAAGGAAAUGUUACUCAGAUGGAAGGAUUCCCAGCAUGGCAGGUGGCUAUACCGGUGAGAGUGAUGUCAUUUAUGGGAGCAGAGACACUCAUUAUUAUUAACAAAGUACAAAAACUGAAUGAUAAAUACAAGGCAGGAGACAUCGUGUUAAUCAAGGAUCAUAUUAAUCUACCUGGAUUAGCCGGUGAUAGUCCAUUAGUUGGCAUAAAUGACCCAAGACUUGGUCCCCGUUUCUUUGGAAUAUCUGGUGUAUACGACAAUUGCCUUCGUCGUCUGUGUCGCCACAUUGGUUCUGAACUGGACAUAGACUCCAUAAAAGAAGGCAUUUAUGUCCAGGCGAGUGGACCGUCGUUUGAAAGCAAUUCGGAAUUCACGUUCUUGAAAAUGGUUGGUGCUGAUAUGCUUGGCAUGAAUAUGCUUCCAGAAAUUGUGAUUGCAAAAGCUUGUGGGAUGCGCGUCUGUGCCAUCGCCUUAGUGACAGAUGGACAAGAAAGUGGUCACCCGGGCAACCUGAUCCUCGAUCAUGACGUUGACUUAGACAGUGUUGCUUUAAGGAGCGAGGGGGGUUUCCGAUCGUUGUUGUCUCGUCUUGUCUCUAGGAUCGACGAGGAAAUUCCAUGA